UACAUGGAAUCAGAAAACCAAACAGAUGUUUCAGAAUUUAUCCUCCUUGGACUCUCAGAAGAUUCAGAAGUGCAGCCUCUCCUCUUUGGGAUGUUCCUGAUGCUGUACCUGGUGACUCUCACUGGGAACCUGCUCAUCAUCCUGGCCAUCAUCUCUGACUCCCACCUCCACACACCCAUGUAUUUCCUCCUCUCUAACCUGUCUUUUGCAGAUAUUGGUCUCACCUCCAGCACUGUCCCAAAUAUGCUGGUGAACAUCCAGACAGAGAGCAAAAGCAUAACUUACAAAAACUGCCUCAGCCAGAUGUAUUUUUCCCUGCUUUUUGCAGGACUAGACAACUUCUUACUGACUGUGAUGGCCUAUGACCGCUUUGUGGCCAUCUGUCACCCCUUGCACUACAUGGUCAUCAUGAGCCCUCAGCUCUGUUAUCUCCUACUACUUGCAUCCUGGAUAUUGAGUGUCCUUGACUCUCUUUUACUAGACUUAAUGGUUUUGCGAUUGUCUUUUUGUACUGAGUUCAAAAUCCCUCACUUUUUCUGUGAACUUAAUAAGGUAGUCCAGCUUGCUUGUUCUGACACUUUCCUCAAUGACCUGGUGAUGUAUUUUGCAGCUGGACUUGUGGUUGUUAUUCCACUCACCGGGAUCCUUUUCUCUUACUCUAAGAUUGUAUCCUCCAUUUUGAAUAUUUCAUCAGCUGAAGGCAAGUAUAAAGCAUUUUCCACUUGUGGGUCUCAUCUCUCAGUAGUGUUCCUGUUUUAUGGUACAGUUCUUGGAGUGUAUCUUAGUUCUGCUCUUACCCAAAACUCAAGGGCAAGCACAAUAGCCUCAGUGAUGUACAUGGUGGUCACUCCCACUCUGAACCCCUUUAUCUAUAGUCUUAGAAACAAGGACAUAAAGCAUGCCUUAAAGAAACUCUCCUGUUGA